CUCUCAGUAGAAAGUGUAUGCUAAAACCAGCUUGGACCCAAACACUGAGGUUGCCUUGGUCGUUGGCCUGAAGUUCGGAGGUUCAUUGCGAGUUAUCGGUCCGCCCACCAUGUCUAGGAUGCCCGGUGGAGCCUCGGGCGUGCCUCCUCCAAACGGUCCGCCUCCGAGCGAGACCCCCGUCAAUUUCGAUGCCUUCUACUCUGAGCUUAAGGCCACGGAGAAGCGGGACUCCGUGCUCACGUCCAGCCAACAAAUCGAGCGUCUCCUCCGACCCGGAUCCACCUACCGUAACCUCAACCCCUUUGAAGUGCUCCAGAUCGACCCGGGCACGCCCUCCGAAGAGGUCCGCAAGAAAUACCGCCGCCUUUCGAUCCUAGUCCAUCCGGACAAGAACCAAAACGAUGGCGAGCGAGCUCAAGCCGCUUUUGACGCGGUCAAAAAGGCUUACGAAAUGCUAGAAGACAAGAGCACCUUGGCCAGAUGCAUGGAGGUGGUCGAGGAGGCCGAAGGCCGCACCAAAUUGGCCGUGGAAGAGAAAAGGAAGCUCCAAAAGAAGCAAGGCUUGCCACCCGUGGUGGAGGAGGAUGAUCCGGCCAAGUUUAAACAGGCCGUUCAUGUGCUCAUCAUGAAGUUGUUUGCCGAUUUAGAGCGCAAGAGACGCUUGAAUGAACAGAAGAUCUCGGACAAUGCGGCCAAGAAGCGGGCAGAGGAAUUGGAGGUGGAACAUCGACGGAACGUGGAGAAGGAGUUUAACAAGAAUUGGGAAGAGUCACGCCAAGGACGGGUCAGCUCUUGGCACGACUUUCAAACCGGUAGUGCAAAAGAAAAAGGUCUCAAGAAGGAGAAGAAAAAGGAGAAGAAAGUCAAGAAAUUCUCGCCCAUGGGUUUUCGACCCCCCAAGAAUAAACCGGAAUCGCGUUAAUUUCUUUUGGCUUGUUGCACCAUUACGUCCUCAUUUUGAAUGUCAUAUCUCUUAUGUUGGUCAAAUCAAAUUACGUUUAUUGAUUUGUG